AUGCUGACCAUUUGCUCUCUCCCCGUCCGCCAGCGCAACGCCGCGCUGCGCAUGCUCGGCCUGCCAGCCCUGCCGCGCAAGCUGCCCUCGCGCAACUGGCUCAUCUUCUGGACCCUGUCGACCACCAUCUCCGCCGCCAUCAUCUACGACCGCCGCGAGAAGCGCCGCGCCACCGCCAAAUGGGCCCGCGCCGUCUCCCACCUCGCCGCCGAGCCCCUGCCCGCCGGCCCGUCCUCCAUGCCCCGCAAGAUCACCGUCUACCUCGAGGCCCCGCCCGGCGACGGCCUGCGCGUCGCCCAGGACCACUUCGCCGAGUACAUCAAGCCCGUGCUGGCCGGCAGCGGCAUCGACUGGGACUUUGUCGUCGGCCGCCGCCAGGGCGACGUCCGCGCCGCCGUCGCCGAGAGGGUGCGCCGGACGAGGCGCGACGUCGAGAAGGACCUCCUCGGCCGCGACGUCGGCGACGAGGCGCAGCUGCCCACGGAGCAGGAUGCUAUUGAGGCUAUCAGGAAACGGAACGGCAUCGCCGAGUACGACGGCGUCAGGGGUGAUGUCGUCGUCGGACGGCAUACGUGGAAGGAGUACGUAAGGGGUCUGCACGAGGGCUGGCUGGGGCCCCUGGCGCCGCCCCCAGAGCCGGAGCCCCUGCCGGCGCCCGAGACGCCAGAAGGCGAGAAGCCCGAGGAGGCCGAGGCCAAGCCCAAGACGCCGCCCCAACCCCGUCCGCACAACAAGCCGGAGCAGUACCCCUCCGAGCCGCUGCCCAUGUUCAUCCCCGCCGAGCUGGGCCCUGCCACCCCCGUCCGCUUCCCGCACAUCCUCGGCUUCCUCAACACCCCGACCCGCAUGCGCCGCUUCUUCGGCCGCCGCUACCUGGCCGACGAGAUCGGCCGCGAGGUCGCCGCCGUGUGCUUCUGCACCUACCGCGAGUUCCGCGAGACCCCCGGCGACAGCCACGAGUACGAGCAGGAGGGCGCCCUGGCCCGCGAGGAGAAGGACUGGCUGAAGAGCGUCUGGAAGGAGGAGAAGCCCGAGCCCGCCAAGGAGGGCGAGGUGCAAAAAGUCGAGGAGCCCAAGGAGCGCAUCUGGGCCUCGCCCAUGGUGCUGGACCCGCGCAUUGCCGGCCGUAUGAGGCGCUUCGAGAUCACGCCCGAGGACGAGGAGCGGGCUCGCCGCGUCGUCGUGCCCGAGGAGGAGAUUGAGGGCUGGACCAAGGGCAGCAUCAGGAGUCUCUGGCGAUGGGGCGCCCGCAAGUGGAAGGGCGACGCGUGGCAGCCCAACGUGGGCAAUCUGGAUGAUGAGUAG